CAUCAUUGUCAGUGGGUAUGUAGAUUUCGUCCAGUACUUUUCCAAAUUCCAACAAAAUUUUAUUAUUCGAUACAUACAUGAUUAGAUCGUGGACACGUAAACGACAAUUUUUCGAAAUUCAGUCACUUUAUUUUCGGCGCAGUGCGUUACUCCAGAUACUAAUGCGGAACUCAGAUCGUUGUACAGUGUGAAGGAAAUAAUCGAAAUAUUGAAUCCAGAAUGAUCGUCAAUGGCACAGAAUCGUUUUUCAUGGGCCACGAGCUGAAGGAACUUACUUUCGGAUGGACCGAUUAUACUCUCUUUGCCGGUCUGCUGGGCAUCAGUAUGCUCAUCGGCAUCUACUUCGGUUUCUUCAGCACGAAGCAGAAUAACACCACCGAAUAUUUACUCGGUGGCAAAUCCAUGUCCUUUCUUCCGAUUAGCAUGAGUCUAAUAGCAAGUCACAUAUCGGGAGUGUCUUUGCUUGGCGUUCCAUCGGAGGUGUAUCAGUAUGGAACUCAGUAUGCGGCGUGCAUUUUCACAUCCUUCAUAAGCUGUUUCAUAAUCGUAUCCAUAUACCUACCGGUAUUUUACAAGCUACAGCUGACGAGCACUUUCGAGUAUCUAGAAAUUAGAUUUGCCAGGCCGGUCCGGCAAUUAGCGUCCUUUCUCUACACCCUUGCGCUGGUGAUCUAUGUACCGUUGAUAAUCUAUGUGCCGGCGUUAGCCUUUUCGCAAGCGACCGGGAUGAAUCUGCAUUAUGUCGCGCCAGUGAUAUGCAUGGUGUGCAUCUUCUACACGACCAUCGGAGGUCUGAAGGCUGUCGUAUGGGCGGAUACGGUUCAGAUGACGGUGACUGUCGGAAGUCUCAUUGCCGUUUUGAUAUUGGGAACGAUUGCCGUGGGCGGUGUUAGCGAAACCUGGAGGAUAGCCGAACAGGGUGGUAGAAUUAUAUUUUGGAACAUGGAUCCCAAUCCAUUUACCAGAAAUUCGUUUUGGGGCAUGACAGUGGGAAUGGUAAUGGCAUGGCUGGCAUCGUUGGGCAUUAGCCAGGUUUCUAUGCAAAGAUUUCUCGCAGUACCUACUAUUAAGGAAGCACAGAAAUCGGUAUGGUUCCUGGCUGUGGGCUUAGUGUUCGUAAAAAUGAUUUCGGUUUUCACGGGUCUUAUAAUGUACGCUAGAUAUCACAAAUGCGAUCCUAUAACCGCACACGUGGUAGCAAGGAGCGACAAGAUAUUGCCGUAUUACGUGUUAGACGUAGCCGCGAACGUUCCGGGACUUCCUGGCCUCUUUCUCGCCGGUCUGGUGAGUGCCGGACUCUCGACGAUGAGCGCUGGGCUGAACACAGUCGCCGGCACGAUUUACGAGGAUUUCAUUGAUCCCUGGAUGCCAGAAAGCAACGACAAAGAAACUAAAGCUGCCAACAUUAUGAAGGUUACGGUGGUAGUCCUAGGCAUCUUAUGCGUGGGCAUGGUAUUCGUCGUGGACCGUCUUGGCGACAUCUUUCAGCUAUCCCUGACUCUGACCGGUGUCACCGCUGGUACCAUGACGGGUCUGUUCUCGUUGGGGAUGUUGGUACCCUGGGCGACGGCCAAGGGAGCGGUGGUCGGCGGAGUAGUCUCGAUGAUGACGAUGAUCUGGAUCAUUGUCGGCGCGCAAUGGCACAUGGCUAAUCGCACUCUCUACUACGAACCGCUUCCUUCCUCAACGGAGGGUUGCCUGAAUAUGCCCGGUCUAUUUAAUCGUACGACCACAACAACGCAGAAUCCUAUACAAGUCGAAUCUGUGGACGAACCUUUCUUCAUAUACAGGAUAUCCUUCAUGUAUUAUACGCUAUUGGGAGCCUUAAUCGUGAUGGUUGUCGGCACGAUAGUCAGCUUUAUCUGCGGCGCUUCUGAUUUAAGGAACAUUGACCGAGAUUAUUUCCCACCGUUUAUAACCAGAUUUAUGCCACCAAAAAAAUAUAUGGAAGUGUCGUUGCAUACGGUGCCAACAGCAUUGAUAACCAAUCCAGAGAAAGAAGAAUUAAAAUCUUGAAACAUGUAUAUUUUAUUCCAACCUUAUCUCUUUUCCGUGACCGUACAAGACUUUAUUACAGUAAAACACACACAUGCACAUAUAAUAUAUAUGCGCUUAAACAUACCGUUUAAUAUCGUUUGAUUGCAAAAGUUCUCUGUAAUAAUAUUCUCUGCAUACUCUGUACACAUCGCGAACAUAUUAGUACGUAAGACGUCCUAUCUGUCCUGCCAAACUAAUUCUUAAGCCAGUAAAACUUUCAGUACAUCAACAUUGAUAGAGAGAUGUUUAGAAAGAGAUUUCCGUAAACCGUCCAAGAAAAAAAGCUUCAAUCAAUAAAUCCUUAACGACAUAAAUUGUUCAGAGACAGCGAUCGACAGACAAGCGGACACAUUUGCCAGGAGAUAACUGGCUCGUCCGGAGUUGAAAGCACCCAUUAGAACGUCGAUGAGGGUGUCAAAUUGACUAGAUUAUAUAUCUGCCCCACGCAUCUCAAUACAAACAAGUCCCUGCCAUCUGAAACAUCUGGAGGAACGAUGCCUAUCGGAUUAGAGCCGAAUGUAAAUGCCGCGGGAGUUUUUUGUCGAGUCAUUCGUCGAGUCUCUCUUUAAAAUCCGCGG